AGAAAUUGAUGAAUGCUGAUAUUUAAGAUGCUGAUUAUUAUUUACUUUGCUUUGCUCGACUUUGAGGAAUGGAGAAUUUAAAAGAUGAGGCAAUUUCGUCAAUAUUAAAUAAUUUUCUUUAUAGAUUAAAAUUUGAAUCUUAUGGUUGAUUUUAAUGGUUUUUUACACACUACAUGCUAAUCCCCUUCCAAAAUGAGUAGACUAGAAGGCUAAAACCAUUUAUUAUAAGGAGUAUUAUUAAAUGAGUUCAAUGAAUUAUUUGAUAUGUUAUUGUUUCUAUAUCGUAUUAUCUUUAUUAUUUCAUUUUUUAUUACAAUAUUCUCUGAUGUUUUGUUUAAGUCCUUCCUUAAGGAAUCUUAUUCUUUAUUUACAAUUUUAUAAUCUAUCCAUAAAUUAAGAAGAGUUUCUGGUGUGCAAACUGGCAACCUGAAUAGUAUUAUAAACUAAUUUAGGAAAUCGGCUAGGUAUUAAGAAUUAAUUUGA